UUCAAGAAGUGUUGUAAAUCUCAGCCAGAGAGAGAUGGUAGCAUGGCCUCUUUACAGUACAGUGACCCUGACCUCAGAAACUACAUCAGACGUAAAUCACUUCCCGAAAUUUACGAGGCCCUGCUAACUGGAAUAUGCAUCAUGUGUCCAGCUGACCCUUUAAAAUUCCUAGAAGAGAAAAUUAAGGAAAUGCAGGAAAAGGGACAUCUGAACAUUAUUUGGGACAUGUUUAUUGAUGAAAGUCGAAAAAUGAAAGUAAAAAGAAUGACGCAGAGCUGUUUGGCUCUCCUUUUUGGAUAUGAGGAGGAUAUGAUGGUAUCGUCACAUUUAUACGAGAAGGCAUAUUUGUUUUACAGAAAAUGCUUAACCAGAAUGUGCUACAAUUCUUGGAUACAAUAUAUUUUAAAUAAACAAGCACGAACUGCAUAUUUCAUGGAAGAAAUGAACAUGGCAGAACAACACUAUAACAGAGUUAGAUUAAAGGUGACCUUCCAAAAGUGGACUCAGUGGCUACAUGCUCAAAGGAAGAUACAAACUAAUGCGUCCAAGAAAAUUUCUGGAGUCUAUGACAGGAUUUUAUGUCAGAAUGUUUUUCGUGCAUGGCAACAUGUAGUGCAGGAUUCAAAAAAAACUAAAGAAUAUUUUGAGCGUUUGGAGAGAGGACAGAUGGAACGUGAGUUUGGUCCUGAUUUUUACUCUUAUUCGGGUGAUCCUAAAGAUGACAACUUUCUUUUGCCAAAAAGAGCAGCUCUUAAGAUCUUCAGUUACCUGGGUAUUGCUGAUCUAGUAAGAUGUGGUGGUGUGUGUCGAUACUGGAAAAUGAUAAGCCAAACCAGUUCCCUUUGGAGUAGGAUUGACUUUUCACCAGAAAAACACAGGAUUGUGGACAGUGCUGUAGUGAGAAUUCUUCAAAAAUAUCGUCCUUAUAUAAUUCAUUUGAAUCUCCGUUCUUGCUCUUCUCUGCAGUGGACCAGCUUUAAAUGUGUCAGUGAAUGCAGAAAUUUGCAAGACCUUAAUCUGUCUCAGUGUGCGAGUGUUAAUGAUGAAACAAUAAAAAUGAUUGCAGAAGGCUGUCCUACACUUCUUUACCUCAACUUGUCCUAUACAGAUGUGACAGAUGGGACAAUCAGAAUGCUGUCAAGGUGCUGCCUGAAUUUACAGUAUCUCAGCCUAUCGUACAGCAGAAAGUUUACAGAUAAAGGAUUACAGUACCUGGUCACAGGGAAAGGCUGCCACAAACUCAUCUACUUGGAUCUUUCAGGCUGCACACAGAUUUCUGUGGAUGGAUUCAGAUAUAUAGCAGAGGCCUGCAGUUUGCUUCAGCAACUAGAAAUGAACAGUGUGCCUACUCUCACUGAUAGUUGUAUAAUGGCUUUAACCUCAAAGUGUCAACAAGUUAAGAUAAUAUCAGUUCAAGACUCUCCACAUCUCUCAGAUACUGCUUUCAAAGCCAUGGGAGAAUCCUGGAACCUGAAGAAGAUUAGAAUUGAAGGCAAUAAUCGCAUGACUGAUGUGAGCUGGAAGACACUCAGCAAGAAUUCCCCAAACCUGUGCAGCAUCAGUGCAGUAAAUUGCUCCAAAAUAACUGACAUUAGCCUGAAAUCGAUAGGAUCUCUUAAGAAAAUUUCAGUUUUGAAUCUUGCCGACUGCAUACGAGUUAGUGAUCCAGGGGUAAGAUAUUUUGUUGAAGGCCCAUCUUCUGGAGUAAUAAAAGAACUAAAUUUGACCAACUGUGUCCGCCUGAGUGAUGUGUCAUUGCUGCGGAUCGCACAAAAAUGUCAAAAGCUGACUCACUUAAGUCUUUGUUACUGUGAACACUUGACUGACUCAGGGUUUGAAUGGUUAGAAAACUUACAAUCUCUUACAUGCCUGGAUCUUUCUGGAACCUGCAUUACAGAUCAGGGUUUGGCAGCAGUUGGUGGAAACACUGGUAUUAAGAAGCUUGUCUUGUCUGAAUGUCUGGGGAUCACUGACAUAGGAAUUCAGAAAUUCUGCCGCCAGGUUAGGGACUUGGAGUGCCUCGAUGUCUCCCAUUGCCUGUCCCUGACGGACCAGACCUCCAAGACUUUGGCUUACUACUGCCGCACAAUCGCCACCCUCAGUGUUGCCGGAUGCCCAAAAAUUACCGAUCUUAGCAUGCAGUAUUUGUGUGGCGUGUGCCAUUACCUCAAAGAACUGGACAUCUCUGGGUGUGUUCAUCUCACUGACAAGACAGCCAGAUUUUUAUAUAGGAUAUCCAAACAGCUGAAGGUCCUUAACAUGCUAUAUUGCAAAAAAAUCUCAAGACAAGCAGUUUUGAAACUGGCCAAAAACGUUCCACAAUGGAAGCACAACAGUGAAGACCCACCAUCAUGGUUUGGGUACAACGACCAAGGAAUCCUAAAUGAUGCCAUCAACAAGCAAAUCAAGGAGCCAGAAGACUUUGAAGAAAUGUUUAGUACAACUGAUGGGAUGGAGAACUAUGACAAGAAGUCAAUCAAAAGUCACUAAUUUCUUUUAUACAUUUCAUAUAUCUAAAGACAAAAGGAAUAGAUUUUGUUUUUAUUUUGUAAACAAACUGUUUUUCUUUCACACUUUUCUUUGUACAGUGAUGACUAAU